AAGUAUUCUAGAAGGCCUGUUUGGACCUGGAUUAUUAAAAGAUCUCAGUUUGUUUAAAGACUGUGAGCCUGAAGGUGUUUCUGAUUGGUCUUUUGAUGAAAAUUGUCUUUUCUGCUGCCUGAGAAGAGAAAAAGUGAAGGAACACUUAGUCAGUCUGGAUGAGCCAGCCUCAGAAGCUGGACAAGAAGCUCUGCUUAGACAAGAGCAAGCAAAAAUCAUUCGUUUUGAAAGGCAAGCGGAAGAGUUCCUCAAUGCAGUCUUUUACAGAAAAGACAGUCCUAGGGUCUCUGACCCCAAUAUUCCCCUAGUGGCCCGUGAGAUCAUGCAGCGAAUGAUCCGACAGUUUGCUGCUGAAUAUACCUCAAAAACUAGCUCUACUCAGGACUCCAGCCAGCCCAAUAGCACAAAGAACCAAAGCCUGCUGAAAGCAUCUCUGGUCGCCUCCUCUCCCACGGCUGCAACUGCUCAGAACCCUGUGCUCAGCAAACUGCUCAUGGCUGACCAAGACUCACCUCUGGACCUUACUGUCAGAAAGUCUCAGUCAGAACCUAGUGAACAAGACGGUGUGCUUGAUUUAUCCACUAAGAAGAGUCCUUGUGCCGGCAGCACCUCUCUGAGUCAUUCUCCAGGGUGCUCUAGUACUCCGGGAAAUGGAGAGGAUGCAGCAGAGACAAUAGCAAUAGACUCUAACAAUCAGCCGAAGUCUCCACUGGAAAAGUUUAUGGUCAGACUGUGUACGCACCACCAGAAGCAAUUCAUCCGUGUGCUAAACGACAUAUACACUGAAGUACAACCAGACUCUGAAGGCCAGCAGUUGUCUGAAUCCGAGAGCAUGGAGGCCGCUACUUGUGGCUCUGGUUGUAGCCAGCGAAGCACUGAAAAUCAGGAUAAGGGUGCUACUUGUACUGAAUCAAAGCCCCCUUCUUCCUUGGACCCAGGACAGUCGGGGUCUGAUGGCCCCCUGCAUCUUACAGGACAAGCCCCGAAGCAGCCGGCGGAGCUGAAGUCUCUGGACAGAGCAGAGAGCUCCAGUCCUGCUUUGAGAAGGGACUUCUCUGAGCUCCCCAUCACCAGGCUUCACUCUGCUAGUCCAAAGGAUAGCUCCACCCAAGGAUACCUCAGCGCGUUGAACUCUUCCUCUUUGAAUUUCCAUCAUGCCACAAAAAGCCUGGAAGGGCAGCAAGCCACCGGACACGAGCAAGAAGCCAGUGUCAGAAGGUGUGAGGACACUAAAGAGCAGCUAGCAGGUAAGACUCUCGUGGAAGGUUAUAUCUCGGUCAAGGUGGCAAAUGUGAAUGGCAGCGAGGACAGCUUAGACGGCUGUCUGGGGUCCCAGAAGAGCUCUUUCAGAGCUCUCCCAGAAGAGUCGUGGGAUCCCGGCUUUGCGGUGACCCCCCCUCGCAGAGCCGACAAAGAGAACACUUUACAAUGCAGCUCGAAAGCAUCUUUGCACCAGGACUUAGACGCGAAAGAACAAGAUGCGAGACCAAAGCAAGAAAACCACCUCCACGCCAUGGCCAAGGGCAAGGCAGGCUGCCACCUGCACCCGGCCGAGAAGGGACCCCUCGACAAGUCCAAAGAGGGCUGGCUACCUGCCGGCGCCGCGCCAGCCGCCCACCGGACCCCCGGCGGGCACCCCCGCGCCAAGGCAGCCUCCCUCAGAUCCACUCGGAAGAGCAAGAAGGCGUCAGGGCUGAGAAUCAAUGACUACGACAACCAGUGCGACGUGGUCUACAUCAGCCAGCCCAUCACCGAGUGCCACUUCGAGAGCCAGCGGUCCGUCUCGUCCCGCAGGACGGCCAGGAAGAGCACCCGGGGGUACUACUUCAACGGGGAGUGCUGCGAGCUCCCGACCGUCCGCACGCUGGUCCGGAGCUGCCGGGGGGAGGAGAGGGGCAGCAGCCCCGCGCGGCGAACAGAGACCCUCGUGAGCACUAAGCCGCCCCUGGUGCUCUCCGUGGGGGGGUCCGCGGGGGCAGGACGGGAUGGUGAGAAGAGGGUUUCCCUGAGGCUCCUGGCUAAAGGGGCACCAACCAGCCGAGAAACAAAAGAGAGAGCUGAGCUGAGCUCUGUGCCCCCCCGGGAUACCCGGGCGCUGCGGUCGAGGGAAGCCACCAUGGCCAUGCCCUUCUUCUCCCUCUCUGCUCCACCCAGCCCCCAGAAAGAGGACAGCUUGGCCGGCUCGCCGCCCCCCGGCUCCCCUCCUGCUGAAGGAGGGGGGACGAGAGCAGGAGGCUCCAUCCCCUGGGAUGCUGGCAGCAGCCUGGGCUCCUCCGGGGAGGGCAGUGGUGGCGGGCAGGCUGCUGAUUUUGCUGCCCUUCCAGUUUCAGAGCCCCCCGGCGGGGAGGAAAGUUCCCCAGGCUCUGACACACAAACUGAUCUGGACCUCUCCGCCUGCCCGGAGCCAAAGUCCCCCCUGCAGCCCUGCGCCGCUGCGGACACAGCACCCCUGGCCCGUGAUGGUGCCAGGGAUCCUGCCCAGCUUCCAGGCACGGGAGACACGGAGCCCAGCGGGCUGUGUCUGGCAGAGCCCUCCCCACGCUCUCCGGGGCGGCUGGCUCCUGAUGAGCCCCCUGCCACCUUGGAUGGGGAGAGCCCCCCAGAGCUCCCUGCCACCUUGGAUGGGGAGAGCCCCCUGGAGCCCCCUGCCACCUUCCAGUGCGUGGACAUGAACAAAAGCAUCGAUGCUGAACCAGAAGCUGAAUUCCCAGGCAUGGCAGGUGACGGCUCCCUUGAGCAAGAGGACCUCCCCAAAAUCUGCCAAGGAGAGGCAGUGCAGAUUAACAGCCCAGUAGGUGAAAAAGAGUCCCUUGAAGGGGAAACGCCGCCUGAACCCGAUGGCUCAGAUACUGCAGAGAAAGACUCGGUCUCUUCCAAAGACAGUCUAGACAAGAAGCGCAAGAAAAGCAGGAGGGUGCUCGUGGCAUCGGAUCGGCGUCUCCGAAGCCAGCAGUCCCAGUCACCGACCGAGGGCAGCGCUGAGGACACUGGUACUUCCAGCUCUGUGCAGCUUCCUUGCCUUCAGAUCAAACUCUCCAAGAGCCCUGGCGCUAAGCGGUUCAAGAGAGAAGUGCAGCUGGAUGGGGCAGCGUCCCUGCACUUCCCAAACGACUGCUGCCCCAACGCGCUGCUCAAAACCAGCGAGGGGCCGGGCGCCUCCGAGAGCAUCGCUGAGCAGUGGCCAGGUGAGGAGAACGGUGUCACCACCAGACAAACCUAUAAAAGCAUCUUAGCGAAAGAGACUGCUGCAGAGGAAGAAAAUUCCUCUAAAGACGACCCCCCUGCUCACAGCGGCCAAAAUCAACCGGGCGAGAUGCUGGAAGCUGAUGUCCAGGCUGAUUCUGAGGACAGAAGCAUUCUCCUCCCUCCAGAGAGCAGCGUGCCUGCGAACGACACCGAGGAAGAGGAUGUGAAAUCAGACAAUGCCAGCGCAAAGGACGAGGAGAGCUCUGACAGUGCCAUGGACACGAGCAAGCUGGAGAGCUGUGAGCUGGUGGCCAAUUUGCUUCCAUGUCCCAGCAGCAGAGGUGGAAGCAAACAUCUUCCCCCAAAGGCUGCAAAGCAUAAAAAGGUUGCCCUGCAGUUUUAUAACUUAAGACACGCGCCCGCGCCCGUGGAAACCACAAAAAAGAGCACACCAGGGAAGGAGUCUACGCAAGCGAUCCCCAAGCUGAGGGACGAGUGGAGUUCAGGGAAUGACGACUUCCCGGAGUUGGAGGACAUAGACAGCAAACCAAAGUUCAUGGAGUGGUGUGCUGAAGAAGAGAACCAGGAGCUCAUUGCCGAGUUCAACGCACAGUACAUGAAAGUUCAGAAAGGGUGGAUUCAGCUGGAGAAGGAGGUGCAGCCAACCCCCAAGGUAAAGAGCAAAGCCGACAAGCUGAAAGAGAUUUGGAAAAGCAAGAAAAGGACGCGGAAAAGUAGAGGCUCGCUGGAAGUGCAGAAGCUUUCUCCUGUCCAGAUGCUGUUUAUGAAGGCCUUUAAGCUCUCCGACAUCUGCCAGUGGUUUCUGGAGACAACUGAAACUAGGUCUCUAGUGAUCGUGAAGAAACUCAACACCCGUCUCCCGGGGGAGAUCCCCCCCAUCAAAGUCCCCAUGCAGAAAUAUUCUUCCUCCGGUCUCUACCCCAGCUCGCUGCAAGCUGAGCGUUUGAAAAAACACCUCAAGAAGUUUGCUGCCACUACCCCGGCUCGGAAUAACCUGAAGAACCAAAAGCUUUGGGCCAAAAUUCGGGAGAACGCUGAUAAAGCGGAGGCUGAAGAAGCCACCGGUCCCAGCCAGACCCCUCUCACCGACGCCAGUACUGAGAACCUGAGCGAAGACAAAACCAUCCCACCCGCCCUCAGCUUGCCCACGCAGGCCAGCACCAGGAUCCUGCGCAAGUACUCCAACCUGCGGGGCAAGCUGCGAGCCCAGCACCGCGUGGUGAAGGCAGAGAAGAAGAGUGAUGGCCCGGGGGACCACCCGUCCCUGGAGAGCAAGCAGAGCCGCAAGAGCGUGUGCAUCAACCCCCUGAUGUCCCCAAAGUUGGCCUUGCAGAUCAAAGCAGACGCCUUUCCUGCUAGAUCUCCGUCGGUGGAUGGGACGGGGAAGGGGCGGAAGGGGAAGGGCAGGUCCCAGGAGGACCCCUCACCCAAAGCUGAUCUCCAGCUCAGCAGGAAGAAGAGGACGCUGAAGGAGAGCGGGGGCACCCAGGAGCGGUCGGGCUCCUCCACCAAGGACAAGCUGCCUGCCAAGAAGGCCAGUAAAAUAAAGCAUUUAGAAGUUGGCACGAAAGCUCCCGCCACCCGCAAGCAGGCUGCCAUGGAGAGAAGCAAUAAGCUGGCCAGAAAAAUGGCUUUGAAAGAGAAGAGAGCCCCAAAAAGGCAGCUGGAGAAGGUGCGGCUCCCCAUGCGGAAGGGCAAGGAGAACACAAGCAGACGGGCCGUGCUGCCCCCCGGCCACGAGGAGCUGGCCAAGUCCCCCAAGCAGAAGCCCUUGGGGGAGUCCUCCACGCGGGCGCAGAAGAUGGCCAACAAGAAGCCCAGCGGCGGGAAGACCCUGACGAGGUCCAUGAAGAAGAUGCAGGAGAGCAGCGGGUCGCAGGGCAAGAGGAAGCUGAGGGCAAAAGUGGACUGUUCACACAGCAAACGCUCGCGACUGGACCCGAAAUAGCGAAGAGCCGGUAGCCAUGUACAAAACUGAUGUAUAGUAGUAGCCCUUUACCAUGCAUUAACUAAAGCUGCUUUUAUAAGCUGUAGCAAGCCUUUAAAAAUCCGCAGUUAAAGGAUAACGCCCGUGAUUUUAGGCAUCAGCAGAUGUGUCUCGGACAGAGAAGAGGUCGGCCUGUCUGGCUCUGCUGUUCAGAAGGAAGUUUCUGCAGUUUGAACGUUCCUUGGGUUUUUUUUUUAAAAACUUGGAACCAGGCAGUUUUAGUUAAAAGUACAGUGCCUUAUUUAUCACUUUAAAAAUAAAAAUAAGAAGCUCGUCUGUGUGAUUUGGAGGCUUGCGUUUUAUACUUGAGGCACAAGCACUUGUACUGUAGCAGAAAGAAAACCACCUUCGUGCACAUGAAGUAGCUUUUGGCAGCCUUUGGGUGCACGCAAACAUUUCCCUUUCCUUCCGAGUCCUCCUUCUGUCUGUCUUCUUAGUGGCAUUUAAAGCAAAACCAAAACCAUUUCCCAUCGGUGAGGGAGAAAAAGGCAAAUCUGUCCUUUGUUGGUUUGUUAGUAGCAGCUGCUGGUGUCCCGUGCCAUUACCUGCAUCCAAGUAUUAAUUAGCUACUGGUGUGUGUACUGCUGAUGGCCUCCUUCCCCCCCAUUGCACAGCCCGUGGGGUGGGGAGGUCCCGCUCAGGCGGAGGUGGUGGAGGAGAUGCUGUGGGUACCAGGCUGCCGCCUCCGGGCGCGCUGGGCUGUAUCCGUCUUUAUUUCUUGCUGGCUUCAGGGAUGAAGGGGUCCUGCCGUGCCCUGCUGUUGGACAUGCCUGUGUCUCCCGUUUUGCUGUCCCCGUGGUGGUUUCUGUGGGGCUCUGAUGGCAAAGCAGCUUCUGCAGCGCUUCACUGAGGGGUGAAUCUCUCCCUUUUUAGGGGCUCGGGCUCCUUCUGAUGCUGGUGCUCUGCAGAGGGGGAGCCCUGACCCUCACCCUGUGCACCUCUUCUUAGCACCCUCCUAAGCCGGGAUUCGCAGUUGGAAUAGGGUUGGGAUAAGGGACUGACUUCGGGUUGUUUUUUACUGUAAUUUGCAUUUUGACCUUUUACUAGCCAGGUGUGGUUGGGUUUGUCCGUGUCUGGUGCUGCGGAGUCUGAAGGUGGCCAAGCCUCUGCCCUGUCCUGCAGCGAUGCCUUCGCAGGUCUCCUCGGGAAGCCCCUGCUGCACGUGGAAGAGCCGGGUGGGGGGUCUGCAGUGGCAGAAGAGGGUCCCGGUGCCCAGCACCGCUGAGAUAUAACCCGUUAGAAGAGCAGAGAGCGCGUGGCUGCGCCGGCCAUCCCGGGCAGGGAUGCUCAGGGGCUGGGGAGGGACCGUGCCACCCGCGCUGGGGGACAGGACCCUGCCCAGCCACUGCGUCCCCGCUGUCACCUUGCUGCACAAAGUCCAUUGGCAUGAAUCCCGCUGCUAAACCUCUUCCCAUGCAGAAAGCAGCAGUGCCUGAGCAGGCUCUGGGGUCAACAGAGCCACUUGCCGGUCCUUGCUGAGCAACUUGUCCCUGCUGCAGGCUCUGGGGACAGGCCAGACGUUCCAGAGAUGCUGCCUCUGGGCACAGAGGCUAGAGAGGGCUCGGCUGCAAUGGGAAUUGCUUUUUAUGGUUGGCAUUGAACCCCAUGGACUGGAGGUAGAAGGCAGGUUAAAUCCUCUUUAAAUGUUACCCAUUUAGAGGAUGAAACAGGGAAUUCAGAUUCACCUGCCCUUCUCAGAGCACCUCUGGCUCUCUUGCAGGUAUUCCCUUCCCCAGCACUGAUGCACACGAGGCUGCGGCACAAUUUUCUCUUACUAUGAAAUGGCUGAUUUAAAAAAAAGAAAAAAUCCUUUACCUUUCCUUUGACUCAUGUUAGAAUAAGUUAACUCUCUGAACAGCUAGGAAGUGAUUAAAUCUAGCCUGUCAGUCCCUGUACAGAUUAAUAUGAAGUUAUCUAUUACUUUAAUUUUUACUGCAUGCAUUAAAUAUGUCAAACAUUCCAUCAGAAAAGAUUUAAAAGCAUUUCAGGAGAGGUGUGAGGCAGGAGGGCACUGAUGGCAGUUAAAUGACUGAUCUGUACCUUUCUUACAGGUUGUCUUUUCCUCUUGCUUCUCCAUCCUUACUUAAAGCUCCUCCUCUAACCUCCGGCUGGGGCAGCCGCUCCAGGGCACAGGAUUUCCCCUUCUUCCCGUGGGCAGGGCGUGCGUGUGAGCAUCCCUCUUAUCUCAGCUCCUCGCCCCGUUCCCCUGCAGCAAAACCCCCCUUUUCCAUCCUUCACCAUCACUCCUGAAGCGCCCGUGUUGGGCUGUACGUGCCGGGCACCACGCACCGAGCCAUCCUUGGGAGUUUCACUCUCUCUUCCUCUUGCUCCCCAUCUUCCCUGCUUCUAGGAGUGGGAACCUCAUUAGGAUUAAAACCUUGACGAAGUGAGUGGAGAUGGGGUGAUGUCCCUCCAGCCUCCUGGCUGCCUCCCUGUGCCCGGGGGCUCCACCAACCCCACUCGGCUGGAGCAUGGCAGGGGCAGGAGAUGUCAGGCAUCCCAUCAGUGUGGGAGUGAAGCGGUGUCCAGGCGUCUGUCCCAGUUUGGUGUGUGCUGGUUGGCUCAGGCAGUGGUGGGAUCAGCACGUUGAGCUUUCUGGCGUCAGCUCCGGAGGGGAAUGGCCAGGACCCGUCACGGGGAGAAACCAGAGAUGCUCAAAGGAAAACCAUAUUCCUCCCACCCCUUUCAACUCCCAGUCUGGGUCUGUAACAUUCUGUCCAACUGCUGUGUUUCGGCUCGGGAGGAUGGAGAUUUCCUACACAGGGAGUCACGGGGAUCCCAGGAGGGAGUGAGGUGGCCCCGGAGGCCCCCAUCCCCUUCAGCUAGCAGCUCCGUCCCUCCCCGGGGGAUGCCAGGGGCCUUCAGCAAGCCCCAGCUGUCUCAAUUUAGAUCCGACAUGUUCUGUGCAAAAAAUAAGUGAGUAACACUCACAAAAUCCGUGCAAAGAUCCUACUGACUUUUUAAAGGAGCCGGGCUGUGCCUCACAGCUGGAAAUCUGAAUUUAUGUUCCCUUCAAUGACGAAAGGCAGAGGGUGUGUUUUCUGUCAGGAUGGGGCUGAAACGAGGAUUCUGGGCUGGGGUGUGGGUUGUUACUCUUGUGUCCAGAAAGUGAAUGAGGAGAAAGCAAACAAUUCUGAGGCUUUGUGGUUUUUUUCAAAGAAAAUUGUUUUUAAAUACAAUUGCCCCAGACUGCGGCCUGUGACCAGCCCAGCCUGUCCCUGGUGGGCUCCUGGCUGGGGUGGCAGAGCAGCACCCGAGGCAUCUGCAGGGACAGGGGGCUGCAGGAGGUGUGGGGCCAGGCUUUUCCAGGGGGGUGAGAUGGUCUGGGGUCUUGUCAGCAAGGACCCCCCCCUGGCUCCUGCUCCUUGGGUCCUGUCCCUGGGGCCGCGGCCUUCGUGGGGCUCCCAGGAAGCACCCAGGCCCUGCUCGGAGCUGCUCUGCUCCCCCGCUCCUCCUUUCCCCCCCACAACUCCCCCUUGUUCAGAAAUCACAGUUUUGAGGAAAACUGGAGUGAUUCCUCUCUACGUUGUGCUGUUUGUGAGGAGCUGGCAGGAGUGUUUCCUCCCACCCAGGCUGCUGGGCUUUGGGGGGGUGGGUUUAACUCACCCAGGUCGUUUUUAGGAGCAGGCGUGUUUGCCAAGGGAUGGGUGAGGUGAAGCCACCACCUGUGGCUGAGUUAUCGCUUGGGGCAGGACCUCUCCAGUCCACCUUGAGGUGGGAAUAGUGGUGCUUUAGUAACAAGUUCUCCAAAUUUCACAUUUGUGCAAUCCGUUACCCCAGGGGAGGGUGCCCCGGGGGUGAGGUAGGCCAGGGGUGGUUGUCACCUCUAGAAAAGCAUUAAGGCUUUCUGCUCCGAGGAGGCCCCCAGCUACUUGCCAGGCCCCUUCCCUUGCUGUCACUGCUUGGGGAGAUGCCAUCCUUGGUCCCUCCACCUCCCCGGGGUGCCUUCUCCACUUGGCACAGUGAUAGCUGCCAGGUCUUGCAGACUGCAAGACCUGCUUUUAAUGCGCUUCACACUCGCUUGUGUGAGUGCUUUUAUUUUGGGGCAGGAAGGAGGAGUGCUGUAAUUUGCUAGAAAAUUAAAUUUCAGUUUAAUUUGCUAAGCAAAUUAAAGGGUCUGUGUGUGAGGUGACUGCCUGGCAGGGUGGCGUUGCACGAGUAGCUCCAAUUUCUUUGUCAGGGCUCAGAUGCAAGUCGCCGCCUCCUGUUUAAAUUCUUCCUCCUUUUCUUUUUCUCCCCGUCAGCCCUUGUGUUGCAUUGCUGUCUUCCUGGUUUGCUUCCCAGUUUCCUCUCUCCGUGGAGCCCCAUUUCAGCUGGGACAGUGCAGAAGAGACCCACAAGUAGGUAGAGGCAGUACCACGGGUGUAACCUGUUACACGGGUGUAACCUGUGUUAAUGACUCGGGACAGGCCCUGCUUGUUUCUCCUCGUUCUGUGGCAGGGGGAGAUGUGCUGCUGAGGCAGGGCCCCAGCCUGUUUCCCAUAAAUGCAGCUUUUCCACUCUACAAGGGAUGUGCAGGGACCUGCAGAGGAUCUUAAUGAAUGGAAGGGAGUAAGCAACACGAUUUAUCCCCUUAUUCCACACGGGCGUGGAGCGCGUUUCCAUUUGAAGGGUGCCGAGCUGCCCACUGGCAUGACCACAGUGCCAUCCUCAGCUCUGCAGCCUCACCACGCUCCUCCUCCUCCUCCGGGCCACCCCGCAUCUCUCUGCUCUGCGCCCUCAGCUCCAGAUUUCAGCACAAGUACCAUGUCCCAUAAAACAGACUUCUUGGGGUUACUCUGACUUUCCUUGCUGGCUGCUUUCUCAUCCUAUUCUUGCAACUAGCCUCCAUCCCGGCUCUCAGGUCCACACACCAGGAGCAGCAUCUUCUUAGCUCUGUGCCUACAGAGCCUUGCUGUCCCUUUGCUGCCAGCCCCUCUCUCUUAUGUGCAUGGUCACCUUGUCGUGAGCAGCUCUGGGUCUUCACACUUCAUGUGUGUCAGGAAGCAUCCAUCUUCCCUGACCUCCAGGAGGGACUUGGCUUGCCGAGCUUCAAGUCAAAAUCUAUCUGUCGGGAGCAGUUUGAGCCCGGGAUGGCUCCUUUUAUCUGUCACUGUUAUGUUUUCUUGUCUGGCAAUGGUAGUCUUGGAGUGGGUUUCUCCGCGGACAAGGGCGCGUGCAGUAUAUCCAAGGUGUGCAUGUGUUUAUAUUCAUCACUAGUUUGUCACUAAUGAGGUCCUUCGUGCUCGUGUUCGCUGUGUGCAGUGAUGGGUGUUUCUGUGUCCGGCUGCCGGCGGGUCAGUGAUGGGUGUUUGCAGCAAACCUUCUCCAAAGAGCUGGCUGGCCAGCGGUGAUGCCUCCAGUGAACGGUCUGCCACGUUGCUGGUCAUCCUCCAGGAGCUGGGAGAGCAGGAGGAACUCAUCCCUGAUGCUCCCCAUGUCCCCCCUGUGCCAGAAGGAGCUGGGGGGCACUAGACCCGGUGGGCUGGCGGGGGCUGCCCCAGCUGCUUUUGGUUGGGGGGUGGAUGAGCGAUGCUGAAGCCCAACCUGUGUCCCAGCCGCUCGCACGGCACCUCUGGAAACAGCAGCGUUUCCGAGAGCUCUGCCAGCCCUCGGUCUCAGAAGGCCAGGGAUGUACUACCGCCCUGCUUUUAAGACUUGCUGUUGGAUGCUUUCUCUCUCCGGCUUGUUAUUCUUUCAGCCUGACAACUGCAUUCCCAGUUGGAAGGCGACUGGGAAAGCCGCAUGGGCAGGAGGUGUUUGGGGGCUGCCAUCCAGCUGGGGCUCUCUUGCCUUCCCACUGAGGGAAGGGGCUGAGCUCCAGCCAAGGCAUCCUUGGGUCCGUAUCCCAUGGCCGUACACCUGGAUAGCCUGGGAGCCAGGUGGGGGUCAGCUCCCCCCUGCCAGGGAACCCCACCGCAGCUUUUCCUGUAGCGGUAGGUUUUUUUGGAGCAAACCACAAGGCUACGAUGUCCCCGCAUCGCGUGUGUGUGCCCCCGCUACUCCUUUCCCCUCUCCCCCCCACCCCCUCCCCAGCCAUGUGUCGUAGCGUCCGUUCGGCCCAUCCUUUAGCUUGGUGGUUGUGAAAUGAAUCCAUCUGUUCUAAGAUGUUCUCAGGAGUUCUUGUUUGUAUUAAGCUCACCCCUAGGCUUAGCAGAAAUCGCCGUCCCUGUCCUCCCCCCCCUCCCCUCCCCACGGACAAGCCCUCUCCUUCACGAGCACUUCCACCCCCCCGUUCCCUGAAGGGCGGCAGUGGGGGCAGCUGGUGGGUUCCAUUCAGGGCACAUUGGCAGCUUGGGGGGCAGCCGGAGGAGCUGGGGGGCAGCCGGCCGGCGUGGGGCUGGGGGCCAGGCAGUCCCUGGGGCUGCGCUGCCAGCCAAUGUUUUCUAAGUCUGUUUGUAAGAGUACCUAAUUUUAAAAUGAAAUGUGAAUAUAUAUUAUGUGUAGGUGCCAUGUAAGAUAGUGUUGUGCUAGGCGGCAGGAUGCUAACCUACUUUUUAAGCUUUUUUUUGGGGGGGGGGGGGGG